AAGAAAAAAGCAAAGAGGAUAUUUUUCUGGGAAAAUUUUCCAAAUUCAUGAGAGAAAAAUCGACAAAAACCCUUGUCAAUCAAAAACGCACUAAUGGCGGAAGCUAUUCCUUCAUCGUCUUUGUCACCCAAGUCUCUCCAAUCUCCUAAUCCAAUGGAACCUUCCCCUGCAUCCUCCGCACCACCACCGUCCUCAUCGCAACAACAACAACAACAACACAUGACACCUCCGAUCUCUAAUUCCGCAGCUUCUCCGGCGAUGGCGGCGGUUACGAACACCGAAGGUGCAAUCCAGAACAGUAACAGCAAUCCGCAACCGAACCCGGCCGCUGGAGCUCAGAUCCCGUCGCCUUCUCCGUUGGAUCAGCAGGCCCAGACUCAGCAACAACUCGGUGGUCAGACUCAGCAAAUUAUGCAGCAAAUCUCCUCCUCCCCGAUUCCGCAGCUAUCUCAGCAACAGCAGCAGCAGAUUCUUCAGCAACAUAUGAGUCCGCAGCAGCAGAUUCCGAUGUCGAAUUACCAUAUAGCUCAGUCUCUCCAGCGAUCCCCUUCUGUCUCUCGCCUUAACCAAAUCCAGCAGCAGCAGCAGCAGCAGCAGGGUCAAUACGGUAGCGUUUUGAGGCAGCAGGCUGGGAUGUACGGGACGAUGAACUUCGGCGGGUCAGGUUCGGUUCAGCAGCAGAAUCAGCAGAUGGGUAACCCUAAUUUGUCUAGGGCAGGUUUGGUUGGCCAAAGUGGUCACUUGCCUAUGCUUAACGGUGCAGCUGCUCAGAUGAAUAUUCAGUCCCAAUUGUUGGCAGCUUCGCCGAGGCAGAAAGCUGGGAUGGUUCAAGGUACGCAGUUUCAUCCAGGAAGUUCUGGACAACAGUUACAGGGGAUUCAAGGAAUGGGGAUGAUGAAUUCACUUAAUUUGAGCUCGCAAAUGAGAGGUAAUCCUGCUCUCUAUGCUCAGCAGCAGCGAAUCAACCCUGCGCAGAUGAGGCAGCAAUUGUCACAGCAAAACGCUCUUACUUCCCCUCAGGUCCAGAACCUGCAGAGAACACCUUCUUCCCUCGCAUUCAUGAAUUCUCAGCUACCUGGUUUGGCCCAAAAUGGACAAGCUGGCAUGAUGACGCAGCAGCAAUGGCUGAAGCAGAUGUCCGGAAUAACCAGUCCCAAUUCACAAUCUUUCCGCCUCCAGCAGAGUCAAAGACAGCAGGCUCUACUCUUACAGCAGCAAAUGCCCUCUGCUCAGUUACACCCAAAUUCCAUGUCCUUGAAUCAGCAGCAAAUAUCACAGAUGCUACAACAGCAGCAGCAGCAACAAUCACAAAUGGGCCAGGCUCAGAUGAACCAAUCCCAUCAACAGCAGCAACAACUACAGCAGAUGCAGCAAACCCAACAGCAACAGCAGAUGCAGCAGCAGAUGCCCAUAAAUCAACAACAGCCAUCUCCAAGGAUGACGAGCCAUGCAGGGCAGAAAUCUGUUAGUUUAACAGGCUCACAACCAGAUGCGACACAGUCAGGUACAACAACACCUGGUGGUAGUUCCAGCCAAGGAACAGAAGCGACAAAUCAACUGCUUGGCAAAAGAAAGAUUCAGGAUCUGGUUUCGCAGGUGGACGCGCAUGCUAAAUUGGAUCCUGAUGUUGAAGACCUCCUUUUGGAGGUAGCGGAUGACUUCAUUGAUUCGGUGACUUCAUUUGCAUGUAGCUUGGCUAAACACCGUAAAUCAUCCAUAUUGGAACCAAAGGAUAUAUUACUCCACCUUGAGAAAAACCUGCACUUGACAGUUCCUGGAUUCUCAAGUGAGGAUAAACACCAAACAAAAAACGUACCAACUGAUCUCCACAAGAAGCGACUUGCAAUGGUGCGUGCCUUGAUGGAAUCCUCAAAACCAGAGACGAAUGCAAGCAAUUCUAAGGAAACUAAUAGACAAGUGAUGGUUAACCCAAAUGGUCAAAACCAUCUCUUAAGACCAUCGCCAAGUUCAGAGCAAUUGGUUUCGCAGACAUCCGGUCCUCACAUGUUACAACAUAUGACACGCUACUAAAAGGACUUCAAUACAAAAGCCGAAGCUACGUUAAUCUUCUUGGUUUCAAGAGUUUACACAUCUAUCUAUACCAGACAUUAAAGAAAGUGAAGGCACAAGGAGUCAAGUUAAACUGUAUGUAUUAUAUAUAUGAGUCUUCUAGGCAAACAAAUAAAACAGUUAUUUCUUCCCAUAGUUUGAUCUAUUUAAUAGUCACAUACAUUGUAAUUGGUAAUGAUUUGCAUUGAAGUUUUUGGGAUCUAUC